CUUUUUGUGGUACACUGUUUACUGUCCGACAAGAAACAAGUAAGGUGAACAUCGUAGUUCUCUUUUUAUCCAUUUCAUGGACGACGACGUGGAGCACAAAGUUGGUGACGCCGACGCGCCUUCGGUGAUCGACCGUUACUAUACACGAUGGUAUAGAGCCGAUAUGAAGGGAAAGCCGUGUGAAGACCAUUGCAUUCUUCAGCAUUCGAACAGAAUAUGUGUCAUCACCUUGGCCGUAACUCACCCGCUGCUGGAGAAAGGGCGAACUAUCACUAAGAUCGAUUACCAGAUCAGUAAAAGCUGCAGCCGCUUAAACAACAAAGUGUCUGGAAAGUCCAAGCGGGGCGGACAGUUCCUUACAGAAUUUGCACCACUGUGUCGGAUAUCGUGCACGGAUGGAACUGAGUUCACGGUCUACAGCUGCAUCAGGGGACAUCUGCUGGAGGUCAACGAGAACAUUCUGGAAAGACCCGCUCUCUUGCAGGAGAAGCCAUCCACGAAUGGCUACAUCGCCAUCAUCCUGCCCAAGUUUGAGGAGAGCAAAAGCAUCACGGAUAACCUUCUGAGCAGAGAUGAGUUUGAAAAGAUUGUUGCCGGACGGGAAGCCGCACAGACGACAGCGAUAACGCAGCCGUCGUGACGACAUACAUGAAAUUGUGCAAGAGCUGCGCCGUGCCUUCAGGAUGGCUGCACUUCAUCAGCCGUUCGGUCUUUGAUGCACUGACUUCUUUGACAUUUGCCUCUUUUUUUCUAUACUUUUGGAAAUGGGCAAAAUGGCCUGAUAUGGUGGACUUCCUGUUGCGUCUUUUCCGUUCUCAAGUUUUGUACCGGACCUAUUGGAGGUUGUAAAUAUUGAAAACAUUUUAGUUUCAAAGCCUUAUGGUUUAGUUUUAGGUGAAUGUAAAAUCAUGUAUACAUCACAUCAAACAAGCAACAACGAUUUAAUAAAAAAUAUUGUUUAUUAUUUA